UCUCAGACCCAACCUCCCUUCCAAGUUCCAAUCAUGGCUUCUUACAACCCAUUUCCAAAGUCCAUAAGCCUCUUUUAUCUCUUAGUGAUAACCAAUUUCUUCCCAGUUACCGGUGUCAAAUUCGACCUCACCAGUUUCAGUUCUUGUGAAUCUGAUAUAAGAUGUGAUAGAGCUUUCGUUGAAGACCAAGUCAUCAAACUCACCGGCAACAAGAAGCAGGUCAAAACGGACCUUGUAGGUCGAGCCACGUAUUCCAUUCCUAUGCACCUGUGGGACAAGGCAUCCGGAAACCUCACAGAUUUCACUACCCAUUUUUCCUUUGUCAUUGAUUCUCAAAAUAAUACCAAUUAUGGAGAUGGUCUUGCGUUCUUCCUAGCUCCUCAGGGUUCAAAGAUUCCUGUUCGCAGCAGCGGCGGGGCUAUGGGUCUUGCAAGGGAUGACCAGCUGCUAAACUCGACGGACGAUCCUUUUGUCGCCGUGGAGUUUGACAUCUAUCCAAACAAACCAUGGGAUCCGCCCGGGUGGCCCGGUGUGCAUUUAGGUAUUGAUAUAAACUCCUUGAAUUCUUCUGCUAAUGUGUCAUGGGAGAGGGGGUGGGCUAAUACCUCUAUUACUCAAGGGAUAACUAAUGAAGCUUGGAUUAGUUAUAAUUCUACUUCUCAUAAUUUGAGUGUUCUCCUCACGGGUUCAAUAAACAGUUCUACUGUAGAGCAGUCCCUUUCUUACAUUGUUGAUUUGAGAGAACAUAAUCUAACUGAAUGGGUAACUUUUGGAUUCUCGGCCGCAACAGGAUCUUCUCCUGCAAUGCAUAACAUUCUCACAUGGAAUUUUAGUUCUACUUUGGAAGAUAAUGUAACCAACCCAACAGUGGUAGGCAGUCCGAGUCCAAAUCCUACCCCCAACCCAAGGAAAAACAACAGGUUUGGGUUAGCUGUGGGGUUGGGUGUUGGUGGAUCUUUUUUGUUUGGUGGGUUGGCCUUAAUUCUGUUUUGCUUUUGGAAAAGGAAUAGGAGUCACACAGAAGAGGAUCUUGCCCUUGAUAAUUGCAUGGAUGAGGAAUUUCAAAGAGGGACAGGACCAAAGAAGUUCUCAUUUAAAGAAUUGGCUCAUGCCACGAAUAAUUUCAAUGAUGAAGAAAAGCUCGGUCAGGGUGGAUUUGGUGGGGUUUAUAGAGGAUUUUUAAGGGAUUCAAACUCUUUUGUUGCUGUUAAGAGGGUGUCAAAAGGGUCCAAACAAGGGAUAAAGGAGUACGUAUCAGAAGUUAAAAUCAUUAGUAGAUUGAGACAUAGGAAUUUGGUGCAGCUCAUUGGCUGGUGCCAUGAAAAAGGAGAACUCUUACUCGUCUAUGAGCUCCUGCCCAAUGGAAGCUUAGAUUCACAUCUUUUUACACAAGGGAGCUUAUUGGUAUGGGCAAUGAGGUACAAAGUUGCUCAAGGAUUGGCAUCUGCAUUGUUUUACUUGCAUGAAGAGUGGGAGGAAUGCGUUGUGCAUAGAGAUAUAAAAUCAAGCAACAUUAUGCUUGAUUCAAACUUUAAUGCCAAACUUGGGGAUUUUGGGCUAGCGAGGUUUGUGGACCACCUGAAAGGGUCACAAACCACUGUUUUGGCAGGUACCAUGGGCUACAUGGCUCCUGAAUGUGUCACAACCGGUAAAGCUAGCAAGGAGUCAGAUGUCUAUAGUUUUGGAAUUGUCGCAUUAGAAAUUGCUUGUGGAAGAAAGCCAAUCAAUCCCAAAGCCCCUGAAGAUCAAGUAGUCAUGGUGGAGUGGGUUUGGGAGCUCUAUGGAGUUGGAAAAGUACUUGAAGCAGCUGAUCCAAGGCUAGGGGGAGAUUUUGAUGAGCAACAAAUGGAGCGCUUGAUGAUUGUUGGGCUUUGGUGUGCUCAUCCGGAUCGAAACCUUCGGCCUUCAAUAAAGCAAACAAUUGAUGUACUCAAUUUUGAGACUCCAGUUCCUGUUCUCCCAUCAAAUAUGCCAGGGCUACCACAUCUUACCCCUAUAAUGAGUAGACAUGCAAUGUCACUUUCUAUAUCGAGCGGUUCUGCUGAUUAUGACGGAGGACAGAAUCAAUAUUCCAGCAAUAAUUACACAAACUCCUCCCUUUUCUCUUCAUCCUCUGCAACUUCUCAAUCUGCAUCACUUCUGCAUACGCGUUAAAGUGGUUGGAGGUACACUUGAGAUUCUCAUUGUUUGAUUAGGUGUUAAAUUUUUCUCCUACAUUAUCACUUCUUUGUGUUUUGUUUUACAUUUUAGUUUAACCAAUGCU